UUGCAGAAUUCAAACAAAAUAAGGUAGUCGAUUCACCAGUGACUGCUUUCAACAAACUUUUUCCAGAAUCAGAUGACCAGCUAUUAAACUUAUUAUUUUCAGCGUUGCGAGAAAAAAUCACAGACCCAUUAACAAAAAAUAUAUGGGCUGAAUCUCUUGAAUAUAUAAUAUUACCAAAAUUUUAUCUUACACAUAAUUCAGAUCAAGUAACAAAAUUAAUUGGUGGGCAUAAAGAUGUACCAAUAACUGUAAAACAUAAAAACAGAUGGGUUAUAGAAAUAAUAAAUAUUGUAAUUAUUGAUGACGGAGAAACUGAUUAUCUUCUUUGCUUAGGAACACCCUAUAUUCGAAAAGUUAAAGGAUUCCCAGAUUUAGAUAAAUAUGAAUUUCAAAUGUCAGUUUGUG